UUAUUGGUUGCAACCGGACCGUUGUGUAACUUACGCACAAUUUCGGGGCACAUUGUCUGAAAAUGCGCAAAUAAAGAUAAUGGAGGCGGAUUUGGAUGUAGCUCUGCCACCGGCACAACAAGCCCCAUAAUCCACGUCGUGAAGGAAAAAAAAACGUCUAGUAUUGUAGUACUGAGACAACGGUCCUCACCGACCCCCGGUCCAGAAAGAAAAAGGAUCUACCGAGGAUAUUUUUCCAGGGAAGACGGAAGCCAUCGCCAAGGAGGACGGUCGCUUUCUUCACGUCCUGGCAUGUAAUGUCUUAACGAGGUCUUUUAACUGUUUUAACAGCAGCGAUGGAGCAGUUAACCCACAGAGGACUCGGUGCUGAAACACAGGAGCAGCACGGAGCUCUGAUCCGGUAACCAGGAUUGAGGUCUUUAAAGAUUUAGAUGCCAGCAGACCUUUCACACAGAUUUCCAUUCUGUGUACUGCACACCAUCCUGGAUAGUCCUAGUCCUUGUGUGUCCAAAAACAGGAUUGGGCAAAAUAAGCCCCAGUUUCCAGUCCUUGGAGAGCAUGGCUCAUGGAUGGGAUUCAUACUUCGAUAACCUCCCACCUCUAUCAUCGGAUCCAAGCACUUUAAGAAGGACAUCGGAGUCAGAUGGAAGUCUUUCCCAGCAUAUAGAGAACUUCAUUGGACAUCAUGACUUUCCGGACACAGUGGCUUCACAUGAAGCCCCUGCGACAAACUCUAACUUCAACACUAACUAUUACUCAAAUCCCAGUAUUGAAAAUCCCAGUUCGGACUGUCUUUAUCAAAGAUUCUGCAAGGAAACCCCAUGGCAAGCUGAUGGACAACAAAUGGAAAAAGAUUUCUUGCCAAGAUGUGGAAAUAGUGAUAUCUCAGAUUUUGCCACAGAUGGAUUAUCAUCACCGGGAUCAUUUCCUUCAUCUUUCACAACAGAUUUACAAGAACUCAAGCAAGACUGUGGAAUUCUAGCAACAUCAUUUCUUGAAGACUAUUCAGAUGUCAGUAGCUGCUCAGAUACAGAUACUGGUGAAACAAGGCCCUCUUGUAAAUUCAUGGCAAGUAAUUCAAUUUCUAAACCUAAAAGUGGUGCUGCUACAAAAAACAGCUCAUCAGAAUGGCUCUUCCCUGAUACUGGCAAUAUGAUGCUUCAGACUGAGACUUUGUGCCCGGAGACUGAUGUAAUUUUACCAAAUACAUCAAAUGUGACGGCAAAAGAAAACAUAGUUGAAUGUGCACAAGACCAGAUGGAAAGUUCCUCAACUACUCCUAAUGUGGUGACAACUACAGGGAAUGAGACUGUAAAGGACGGAAAUGAUGAUUGUGGUUCUCUAGGUCAUAAAAAGGAAUAUGUGGAGAGAGAUUUCACUCAAGGAAAAGAUUUAAACAUUUCAAGUGGCCAUAAAAAUUUGGCUGGUGGUGGAACAGAGGAAUGCCCAGAUGGCAAUCAGAGGGAGCAAAUUGCUGCUACAAAUAGUAUGACAACAUUGGACAAUACGCAAGAUCAAUCAAAUGAGAAAGGCUUAAGAAAGGAAACGAAAGAAUCAUUUAACCAAAAAAAUGAGGGAUGUCCACACUCCACAGAUGUUCAAGAUGGAAAUACAAGCAUACAGAACAAAAGUGAAGACCAGAAAAGGGAAACAAAAGAAUUGGGUUCCCUUGAAAAUGGAAAAUUUGAUGAAAAGAAAUCUCCAAAUCCCAACUCCACUGGAGGACAACAUGAAAAUAUGGAAACUGACUGUUGUAAGAAAGAAAUCAAGUCAAAUACCUGUCCAUCCUCAGACACGCCAGAUAAAAACGUGUGUGAUUCAACACAUGUCACUCAUGAACUGAGCAUAUGCACCAAUACCUCAAAACUUAACAGUCAUGAUGUUGAACUCUGUUUGCAGCCUUCUGAGCUACAGUCUUGUGUGGCUCAGGAUGAUAUUUGUUUGAGCCCUGCUGUAAUGAGUGAUGGCCGUUCCAGCAAUGGCAGUGAAGACAAUGAGCAAAUAGUGGCAAGUCAUUCAGAUUCCUGCUUAGAGCCCAAUAGCUCCAGCACAGAUGUCAAUCCCUGUGUAGAAAAAGAACGGACAAGUGUAGCAGAGAAGACCCAUACCUCUCCUUCUCCAGAUCCAGAUUGUAAUGGUCCCUGUAUCACCAAGGACAAUAUUGACAAGAAGGAGCAAGAAGUUGAUAGUCAUGAAGAUUCCUUGCAGUCAAACAGCCCAAGCAAAGACAUGAAUACCUCUCUACAAAAGGAACUGACAACUCCACUAGAGAAUAAAACAGUAUCAUCUUCUACAGAAUCAGUGUGUACUGACCAUCCUGUAACCACUGACAACAAAGGGCAAAGCAUUUCUAAUGGUGUCGAAUCCUGUUCAAGUCCAGCAGAGAAUACAAAUCAGCAACAGUCACUUCACCAAAGUCCAGUUGCUUCACAACUGGGAAGUGUCAAUGGAGAUGCUGCUGAAAAUGCAAGAGAUUCAUUUGAAGAGUCUGAGAGAUCUGCAGAGGAGCCAUCAGCACUUGACGAGCUGUAUGGCGAACCUCUGUCAGGAGAAGACUCUUCAUGUGAUGCUGAUGAAGUUAAACUUGACACAAGUCACUGUAAAGACACUUCUUUGGACAGACCGGACAGUACCAGCAUGGACUGUUCAGAAGGACAAACGCCUCAGCUCAAAUCGUCUACACAAAUGAGGAAACGUCUGCAGCCUGUUGUGAUAUUGAAGACCUCUGAGUCAGUAAAUGGAAAGACUAACUCUUAUCAUUGCGCAGAUUGCCAACACACAACCCACAGUGUAGAUCAUUUAAUUGAACACCACCAUUGUUGCCAUUCAGGGCACAGUUUCCAGUUUUGUAAGACUUGUAAUCUCUACCUGAUGAGGACUGAACAAGCAGAAGAACAUGUGUGUUGUGUAGCCAAGGAAAGCCCAGAGCUUUCUUCUGAUUCCAGACUAGCGAAGAAAAGAAAAAAACAUAUUGGAGGCCACAGGUGCAUUAAGUGCAGACUUGUGUUUGCAAAACUAGUUCAUUACAUCAGGCAUAUGAGGACUCACACUGGAACAACACCCUAUAAGUGUGAUGGUUGCGGAUCGUUUUUUGCACAGUCAUCUAGUCUGCGAAAACAUAAGAAAAUACCUAAAAGGUGCAAGCAGACAAUGCUCCAGUCUCAAACUCCAGUUACAAAUUCAGAUGUCAUUAUUAAAGAAACUGAAACACCCCCACCAAAGGAGCUGGUAGAGAAAAAAACAGAUUCAAAUCUGGGUGAAUGUUACGUCAAGCUAGUUGACGCCUCCAAAACUCAUGGGUGUAAAUUCUGUGGUAAAUACUUCUUAACUGCAGAUAAGGCCAAAAAGCACUUACACAGCAUACACAAGGAAAAGACUUUGGCAGUUUCGUCAAGUCAGUGCACCACAAAACAAAGUGGUGUGAAAACAGAAAAAGGAGCGGAGAAGGAAUCAAUAGGAAAGUUUAAAUGUCCUCUUUGUCCACGGCUUUUCAAGUACUCCUACAACAGAGCUCGACAUUUGCGUGACUGUGUCCAUGCUGCGAUUUAUGGGGGCAAGGGAAAAGUUUCUGGUAAAUAUCGGUGUCCCUUGUGCCACGUUACCUUCACUUUAUCAUCCAACCGUUAUAGACAUAUUAAAGCAUUUUGCCUUAAAGAAUGUCUUAAUCGGCUUGCAAAAGAGAGGGCAGAAUUAAAGCAACGUGUUGAAAAGAAAAAAACAAAGGAAACUGAACAGAAAGUGCCAGCGAAGAAAAAUGAGCAGAAGAAAAUGCCGAGGGAAGCAGAACAGCAAAAACAAGCACCUUUAACAUCCCCAAAGCAUAUGCAUCGCUACAAAUGCAAUCUUUGUCCAGCAGUUUUUUGUCAUGCUUCUGGAAAGUACAGACAUAUGAAGAAACAUGAAGCGUUUAAACUCACUGGCAAAAUGUUCAAGUACAGGAAUUCUUUUUCCUCUAUCUUGUCAAAACCAGCAACUCUUGGUACAAAGACUGAAGAAAGUAAGGAUGACUCAAAAUCAGCUGAAGGGAAUAGGAGUCCGGCCCUGAGCUGUCGUUUCUGUGAAAAGCGAUUCUCUGAACCGCAGUUAUUGAAGAGGCAUGAGCGCAAUCACAAAGGGGAAAGACCAUAUCGCUGUCUGCAAUGUGGAAAAGGAUUCAAGCAGCGUGCCCAUCUCCUUGGUCAUAAAAGCGUUCACCAGAGGAGGAUACAGUGCACUGUCUGCAGAAAGAUUCUCCCAACCAUUGGAGAACUCAUCCAGCACAGAAGCUCACAUCCUAAAAGGGGAAUGCUACAAUGCCCAGACUGUCAUCUUCAGUUCCAGUAUCCUGCACAUCUCAUUAGACAUGUAAAAGCCCACAAGCGUAAAGAAAACAAGGCAAAACAGCGUGAAGAGAAGACACCAUUAGAACCACAGCAGUCCUUGGAGCCUGUAAAAGAGCAGAGUGGACCAAAGAAGUUUCUGUGUUCCUUAUGCGACGAGGUAUUUGAUGAUGCCCAAGUACUACGAAAACAUUGUCUGACACAUAUAGCUGGGUCCUCAUCAAACCAAUGUCCAUUUUGCAAAUUUAAUACCAGUACUCGGCGAAAUCUGCUGCGGCACAUGAUCAAACAUACUGGAGACAAACCCCUUUCCUGCAAUAACUGCGGAAAGCAGUUUUACCGUGACUUGUACCUGAAACUUCACAGUGAGAAGUGCUUACCUGCUCAUAAGAGACAUCCCUUCACAAAGGAGUCCAACGAUAAGACAAAGGGGUCACUUCAGUGUUCCUAUUGCCCACGGACGUUUUUUAAGAAAAUUCGCCUGGAAAUUCAUCUCCGUGGCCACAAAACAAACACUCUGCUUCACUGCUCCAGAUGUGGACAGUACUUUGGAUUUGCAAAAUUAAGUCAACAUCAGAAAAACUGCAAAGUGAAUUCAGAGCUCAGCACUGGCGAGGUCCUUAUUCCACAGAAAGAGUCAGUAAGUCAGAAUGCUCAAAAAAGACCUUUAAAGUCCAAAGCAAACAAGAUGCUUCACAGUAAAUGCCCUCACUGUCCACAGACCUUCAGGUUCAGAUCGUUACUCUUGAGACAUCUUGUUUCACAUACUGGUUUGCAACCAUAUGCAUGUAUGCACUGUGGACAAAGAUUUAGAAGCAAGACACUGUGUUUGCAGCACGAAGCCUUCUGUGAUGGAGAGGGGAAGCCAGAAGUAAAAGGCGGUACUGCAACUCAACUGUCCAAGAUGCCUCCCGUCACAGAGACGGCACUAAAGCCCCAAGCAGGAAGUGAAGCUGAGUACAAGUGCAAAUUUUGCACCAAGUCUUUCAUGAAAUCACGAAGCCUGAGACGUCACAUUUUGACACAUAACGAAGUUAAGCCUUAUCGCUGUAAAGCCUGUGAUAGCUGCUUUUCGAGGUAUGACCAUCUAAAAGUACAUCAGAAUCGAUGUAGAGGGAGAAAAACGCGAUUGGAAGUCUGUAUUCCUAAAAUCAGUUUAGCUGAUGUGGGCACGGGUUGGCAAAAUAGGUUUGGCAUUGGCCCUAUAGAGAAGAUGGAGACAUUUGAGUGUGAAGUCUGUUCAAGGAUCUUCCCAACUCAGUCUAAACUUUCCCGACAUUUCACUAUGUUCCAUGCUGUAAAGUUAUACAGCUGCACAAUAUGUGGCUCGUCAUUCUCUCAUGAAAAAACUCUGAAAAACCAUCGAAAGAUGAAGAGGUGCAGACGGCGCCCAAAUGUAACAAAUGCUUCUCUACUGGAAACUAAUCAGCCAACAGUAAAUGUGAUGAAACCGAGGAAUCCGAUUCUACAGCAUGUCCAGCCUUAUGUGAACAAAAAGCACAAAUUCGUAUGUAGUUACUGCCCCCGUGCUUUUGGAAAUAACUGGCAAUUGAGUAUACACAACCGUCUGCACACAGGAGAGCGGCCGUAUUCCUGUGAUGAUUGUGGUGAGAAGUUUAUCAGGAAGGAUUAUCUGCAGCGUCAUUACUUAAAGUGCACUGCAAAAAUAUCCAAGUCCAGAGUUGGCCAAAGCCGCCAGUCUUCUUCUAAAAGCCCACCAAAAGGCUUCUCUUGUGCAUACUGCAGUUCCCGCUUCUUGCUAUUUUCCCAACUUCAAGAGCAUUUUUUAAAUGCACACCAGCUAGAAACAAAGGUUCCAGCAUCCACUGCUCCCCUACAACAGCAUCUGUCAAAUAUGCCAGACAUAAAAAAAGAGCCUUUGGAUGAGUAUUGUGAUGAACAGCUUAGUGAUGGUGCUACUUUAAGAUCUAAAGGAGAUAAAGUUCCAGAUGGUGGAGUACCUAAACCUUUCUCCUGCUCCCACUGCAAAAUGUCCUUCACAAAUAAAGCUGGACUAAUGGGUCAUCUGCGUAUACAUGCAAUGAAGUUUCCUUUUAACUGUAAAAUAUGCAGCAGGGGUUUCUGGAAUAAAAGUCUUCUCCGUAAUCACAACAGGAAAUGUAGAUUUGGAUCCUCUUCAAUGCGAAAUACAACCAAACAGUUGGAAGGCCCUUUAAAAGCAGAGAUUGAUUUUGUGCUGAAUGACUCUGUUCUAGUGUUCGAAGAAGCCUCAAACUCAACAGGCACUGGGGUUUUGCAGACCAACUUUUCCUGCAAAGAUGAUUCUGUGGACAAAUCAUCUCAAAGUUCAGAAGAACCACAGAGGCAAAGCAGCACAACUAAAGAGAAGAAAACUGUGCAGUACCAAUGUUCAGAAUGUGAUAAGAGCUUCACAGAUGGCCUGAUGCUCAUCAGCCACCUUGAAGACCAUGGAAGACAGGAACAUGCGAAAAAGAAUAACAAAUGUCUAAAGUGUGGGCAAGCCUUUUCUAGUCCGGUCUAUCUUGAAAGACACAUGAAGUUACAUAAAAAUAAUAAGAAAUACUCUUGCCCUGACUGCUCCAAGAUAUUUGACACUUCAUCUGAUCUUGAGACCCACAGAACAUUUCAUGACUCGGAUAGGCCUUUUGUUUGCAAACUGUGUAAACACCGGUUUUGGACAAGACCAUCUUUAUGCAGUCAUUACAGAGAAGAGCAUUCAGAUCAUGCAUUUGCUUGUCGUUUCUGUAACAAGGCCUAUUCAGUCAAAAAAUCACUGGCAAGACAUAUCAAAAAAUGGCACCGAGAAGAGCAGAGGGAACUUCAGAGAAGUGGACAGGAGAAGCGCAGCGCUGAGCAACAAUCCAGCAGCAAAGUCAGCACAACUGGUGAAAGUGAUGAAGACACAAAUAACGGCAGUGAGGACAGUGACUCAGACUCUGCGCCAUACUUCCCAUGCCACGUGUGUGGAAAGACCUUCCCAACAUCAGAAAGUCUCGAGGAUCACCAGCAGUGUCACCUGGGUGAAAAACCACACGAAUGUGCUGAAUGUGGUAAAUGUUAUGCCCAAGCAUCUCAGUUGCAGCAGCAUCAACGAAUGCAUAAGUCUGAAUUCCAGUGUCAGGCGUGUGGCAGAGGUUUCCUCUCACUCUUUGCACUACGUAAACACAAACAUACUCAUGGAAAGAGCCGUCCACACCGGUGUCCCAAGUGUGACUUCAGUUUCCCGGGAGCCUUACAGCUAGCAGAACACAUGUCUACUCACCGUGAAGAGAACUUCCCAUGUGAUAUUUGCAAUCGUGCGUUUCACUCUAAGAGCAGCAGAGCCGAGCAUCGGAAAAUCCACUCUAAGUCAGAUAACCGCCCAGUUUCAAUGGAAGAACAUAAGGAGUCUGGCUCACUUUCUGAAAGCUCGUCAGCAUCAUUCAAAGAACUGAAAUAUCGCUGCGGGGUUUGUAGUGAGCGUUUCAAAGACCCAGAGGAGCUCUCAGAGCAUGGCUGCAUAGCAGCCAAAGAGCGGCCAUACUCCUGUUCAGACUGCAAUAAACAUUUUCUGCAUGCAUCUCACCUGAAAAAGCACCGGAACACCAUGCACGGAUAUCCAUGCAAUCAAUGCAACAGUAGUUUCUCCUCCUCUCAACACUUCCACAACCAUCUAAAGAGCCAUGUUGAUGCUGCAGCAGAACAUAAACACCAGACUGAAGGUACAGAUGGAACAUCACAGAGUUUCAUAUGUCCCGUUUGCCAUCAGUGUUUCGCCAGUGCUACUGAAUUGAUUUGUCAUUUCCGUAUGCAUCCUGAUGGUGUCUUUGAAUGCAAAGUUUGUAAAAUGACAUUUCCCUCUGGAAGUAAGCUUGAAGAACACAACCGCAUUCAUGUGACGUCAGCUACUGAAUUUGAGUGCACAGAGUGUGGCCAGAGCUUUAUUGGAAAAGAGGCUUUCUGUCAGCACCAAUGUUCCAGUCAGCUGCAUGGAGUAGUGGAGACUAAACACUCAAAUCCACCAGCUGAGACUUCCAAUUCUGAGACUCCAAUUCAUUAUCAGGAAGCAGCAGAGGAGGAGGAGGUCGACGUAACGGGAGAGGACUUGUACAAUUGCCCUGUUUGCUCAAUGCAGUUCGACUCAAAGAGUGGUCUUCUGGAGCAUCAGAAUAAAGAGCACCGAAAUGAGAAGCCAUUCAAAUGCGAGCUUUGUGGAAAAGCGUUUGCCUUAAGGCGGUACCUCAGAGGGCACAUCAAAAGGCAUCGGCAGAAAUCCAUGGCUGAAACUGGAGUAGAGAAGUUGAAAUGUACCCAGUGCCGCGUUGAGGUGGACACAGCAGAAGAGCUGUCUUCGCAUAUGAGAUUGCACGCUGAACAAGAAGUUGGAAAACUUCGCUGUGACAUGUGCUACAAGUCAUUCAGCCACUGGUCUGUUCUUAGGCAUCACCAAGAAAGUCACGUUGGCCAAAUUGUAUAUGAAUGCACCGAAUGUGACAAAGCUUUUGCUUUUCCUCACCUCCUGGAGGAACAUCAACAGAGUCACGCUGGCUCCUCUCAGUAAACGGUGUUUCAUACCAUCGACCUGUCCUCCCUUUUGAAUAACUAGUUUUAGAGUAACUUGAAUCCCUUCCAUGCCUUACAUCUGACUAUGUACCUCCUAUCACAAUUUAGAUCAAAUUUGUAUUUUUGGCCCUUGUUACAUAUUAACAGAGCUCUCGGUUCACGUCACUACGACAGAGCACCUUUUCCUGCGUUUCUAUUGACAUUGUACAUAUUUUCAGUUCUAAUGUUGGAAUUUGUAUACAGUAAAUUAGCCGCAUAGUUUCUUGACGGUGUUUGUAAAUCUGACAAAUUGUGUAAAGCUGUUUCACAUUCUCUGUGAUGAAUACAGACGAUGCAUGAUGGAAUGAGACGUUUAUGAAAGGUCUUAGAUAAAAGCUGAAUUUCUUUUAUCAAUAAUGUUCAUUUUUGUUGUUUGACUUUUAUUUUGAAAUAGUAAUUCAGUCAGUUUUGUUGAAGUUUUGUUAGGUCAACUUCAAACUAGUCAUUUUAAUCUGUUGGGAUUCAUAUGAGUUCAUGUAUGAGAGACAAUUUUGUAAUUUUCAGUUUUAAUUUCCCUGUAUUCAUGUUGCUUUUUUUCAAGUUGCUACUUUGCAGUUUGCUUGUAAAUACAUUGGACAUAUGUUGUAAUUGAAUACUCUUUUCACAACUCGAUGACGUUACUUUGUAAAGAAAUUUGAGUUGAUGCAUUCAAUUAUUGAGUAAAGUCAACCAGAAAAUCUA